AUGCAUCUGUUUGGUGAAUGUGGGUGGACUAAGAGUGCUUUAUUUGCUGCUGGGAUGGAUCACCUCCCUAAACUGGCCAUGAGUGAUUCUAUAGUAUCUUGGUUAUGUGCUAUUUCUCAACACUCGAAAAGGGAUGAUUUCAACCAUCUUCUCAUCUGUCUCUGGCAUGUUUGGGUGUUUAGGAACAAAGCAGUUCAUGACUCCUAUAUUGGUAAGCCUGAGGUUAUGGGGAAGUUGGUCGAUAAUAUGCAAACUGAGUAUAGGGUGGCGCAGGUGAUAGAGGCUGAUAAGUAUGAUGCUCUUGCUCCAGCUUUAUCCAGAACCAGAUGGACCCCCCCUACUACCAAUGUGAUUAAAAUUAAUUUCGAUGCGGCCAUUAAACCUCCCAACAUUGGCCUGGGUAUGGUAGCCAGGAACGAAGAUGGAGUGCACAUCGCCUCUCGAAGCCUAUGUGUUCAGGGUCCCUCUGAUCCGUUUUUCGCUGAAUGUCUAGCUGCAACAGAAGCAUUGCGGUUUGCUAAUUCCUUACAAUAUGGGUCGAUAAUUCUGGAGGGUGACUCUGCAUUGGUGAUAUCGGCCUUGAGAAGUGGAGAGUGUGCCUUGACUGAAGCUGGUUUAUGUAUUGGUAGGGCAAAAGGCUUAUUUGAUUUGUAA